UACAGGGGAGGGGUGUGCCGUCAGUGGGCCCAGUGCAGGGAGUGUGGGCAGGCAGGCUGGGCUGACAGUGGGCGGCCCUCCGUGCCGGGCUUGGCAGUCAAGGUUUUAUCCCACUAGCCCCAGAGAGUGACCGGAGGGUGUUUUAGGGAGAUGACUAUGUGUAUCCGGCAUUUUUCCAAAGUACAGAAAUGACAUUUCUGGUUGGUCCUGAAUGUCCGCCUUGGCCCAGCUGCCUCACAUCGUGCACGGGGCAGUGAACCAUUCAACCAAUGACACACGUGCCCACGCAAGCCCUUCUCAAAGAGCAAGGACUCCGGCGGGCGCCUGAGCGAGCCCGGCAGCCGGCCACCGGGGCCAUGGCCAGCACGGCCGUGCAGCUGCUGGGCUUCCUGCUCAGCUUCCUGGGCCUGGUGGGCACGCUGAUCACCACCAUCCUGCCGCACUGGCGCCGCACGGCGCACGUGGGCACCAACAUCCUGACGGCCGUGUCCUACCUGAAGGGGCUGUGGAUGGAGUGCGUGUGGCACAGCACGGGCAUCUACCAGUGCCAGAUCUACCGCUCGCUGCUGGCGCUGCCCCGCGACCUGCAGGCGGCGCGCGCGCUCAUGGUCAUCUCCUGCCUGCUCUCGGGCGUGGCCUGCGCCUGCGCCGUGGUGGGCAUGAAGUGCACGCGCUGCGCCAAGGGCACGCCCGCCAAGACCACGUUCGCCGUGCUGGGCGGCGCGCUCUUCAUCCUGGCCGGCCUGCUCUGCCUGGUGGCGGUGUCCUGGACCACCAACGACGUGGUGCAGAACUUCUACAACCCGCUGCUGCCCAGCGGCAUGAAGUUCGAGAUCGGGCAGGCCCUGUACCUCGGCUUCAUCUCCUCGUCCCUGUCGCUCAUCGGCGGCACGCUGCUCUGCCUGUCCUGCCAGGACGAGGGGCCCUCCAGGCCCUACCAGGCCCAGCCCAGGGCCGCGACGGCCACCGCGCCCGCCUACCGGCCCCCCGCCGCCUUCAAGGACAACCGGGCCCCCUCGGCCACCUCGGCCUCGCUCAGCGGGUACAGACUGAACGACUAUGUGUGAGUCCCCGGGGCCCGUCCCUCCCCGAGUCCACAGCGGCACCAGGACCCAGACUGGCUCCGAUGCAGGGUCCCGGCACAGAGUUUACUUCCGGGCUACUUUUUUGUCCAGAGGAAUUAAUAUGAAUGUGAGGGAGUGGGCUGAGAACACAGGGAAGGAAGGGGAAAUAGGAGAGGGGAGAAAAGCUCUGUAUACCAAAGACUUAAAAAAAAAAAAUCCUUUCUGUUUUUGUAUUUAUUAUAUGUAUUUAUGUGGGUGAUUUAAUAACAGCUGAAUGAAAAGCGACUUGGGAGUUUGGUCAGUGGAGUUUGUUUGCGAUACAGGAGUAAACCUCUUGGAUGUGGUUGUUAAUGAAAUGGA